AACAGACGUCGUCUCCGAUUGCAUCCCCAAUAAUAUCUUCGAUCGAACCACGAGGAAUAGCGGGGGGUGGCGGCGUGGGCGAUCCGAACCUACCGCCAGGACUCCAACCAGCGCAGAGCAAAGAAUCUGAUUCCGAAGACGAGGCCACCGUCCUCAAAGACAGCUACAUCUUCGUUGCUCUUAUUGACAUUGUGUUCACUGAUGGAUGCAAGCGAACAUGUACGGGAGCCAUUAUACACGACAACGUCGUCAUAACAGCAGCGCAUUGCUUCACAAUGCUGCGCGAUAAUUACAUGCAACCCGAAUUAACGAUGUCGUUCGUAGUAAUUGGAACAAAAAUCAUGUUCGAUACUGGAUACGAACAAUACUUGCCUAUAGAGAGAGUGGUCACUCAUCAGAGAUUCAAAGGUUGGACUGCGGAUUUAGCCCUAGUAUACACCUUCGCUGGGAUGAUUUCUGAUAAACCUGGGCAAAUAUUGAAGAUAGCUUCAGCGUCCAAUGCUCCCGUAGACUCAAAUGUCACUGUUCUCAGCUGGGGAAAAUGCAAAGGCGAUAUAGAGGCGGACGAGUUUAGAGUCACAAAAAGUGGCACAGACAGCAGCAGCAGGGAGAACAGGCAUAGAAAGAGGAAGCAUCGAGCGAGUAUCCGCGGCGGGGUACCAGACACCCGUCAUUACAAGGACAACCGUAAUAGGGAUCUAUCUGGAUCAUACCAGUCUCGCUUCAAGUUGAAGAACAGCGAACCCAUAGACCGGCAGUCGAUUAGAGCUAACGAUGGAAGGUCAAACGAUGGAAGAGUUCGGAAGGAGGAAAGCUCAACUCGCAUAAGUCGGUACCUUGGCGCAAAUGAAGCCGAACAUAAUAUGAGGGUUACUCGGAAUAAUCCUGAAACGAGUACAACCGUGAUAGCAAGUUUGUCAGAAGAAACAAAAUACUCUAACGACAAAUAUUUAUUCCAAACUCUCUUUGACGAGGAGAAAAAGUUAAAGGCAAAGCUUUUGCCGAAGAAAUACAUUGAUAAAAGGGUCCUCAGACCUCAUCAUCGGAUCAGGCGCAUGAUGCCACGAGCCAAGUACAUGGAUGAUCUGUCGCACUAUAAGAGUUGGAGGAGGCAGAGCGGAUCACAACACAAUAACCUGACUGUAGGAACGUUUGGCUACGUCAACUUGGCAGCCUGCAAAAAGAUAGUGGAGAGAACUUUACCGCCUCUUUAUGAAAUACAUAACAAAAAUGAAGUAUUGUGUUACGCUAGUGAAGAAUUUUACAUAACAAAUGAAGACUCCGGAGCCCCGGUUGUGCAGAAAGACCAGCUGGUGGCUGUGACGGUGGGCGGCGUGGACUCCAACGGUGAACAUGUCGCCGUUGGCAUGAAGAUAUCCUGCUUCUGCUCUUGGAUUGCAGCUAAUUUACCCAAUGGUGCUGGUAAUAAGAUGAAGUGUUGCACAAACUGCUGCAAUAACAAUAAGAAAGAGAGAGGACAAGGUAAAAGAGAUCCAGUCGAGACACCACACACCAGAUUGAGAGAGCAAAAGAGACAAAUUGGUGUUCACAGAUUUGUGAACGAGGAAUCUGAGAAGAGUGAAGAAAAAACUGAAACUGAUACUGUGGAAGACAGCUAUUAUUAUAAAAAAUGA